AUGGCAUCGAUUCCGCACCCCCUGUCGGCCCUGUCUCUGGAAGAGACGAACAGGGCCCGAGACAUCGUGCUCGCCGCUCACCCUGGCACGGUGCUGGACUUCAGGCAAAACUACCUCUGGGAGCCGCCAAAGGCUGAGGUGCUGAAGUUUCUCGAUCUCGAGCACUCCGGUGCGCUCACAGCGUCGUCGCCGAGGCCGGCGAGAUGCGCGCAGGUCUUCUACGAUGUUAUUGGCGGCGCCGCGAAGGCGCAGUACUACGAGUCCAUCGUGGACCUGGGUCUCGGUAAGAUCGUGGACCAGAAGCUUAUCGGCUCCGAGCACCAGGCGAGCUUGACCAUUUACGAUUUCGAGGUUCUGGCCGAGGCCGUCAACCGUUCUCCGUUGUUCAAGGAGAAGAUUGCGGAGCUGAAGCUGCCAGAGGGCUUCGAGGUCGUCGUCGAGCCGUGGCCGUACGGCGCUCCUGAUGCCGCGGAUGGCAACAACCGUUAUUUCCAGGCCCUGAUCUUCGCUCGCGAUACGCGGAGCGGGAACCCUGACUCUAACUUCUAUGCCUACCCCCUGCCUCUAAUUCCCGUUAUGGAUGCGCACAAGAAGGAGAUUGUGCGUAUUGAUGAGCUUGCUACGGGCGGAGGAAAAGAUCCUCUGACGGGCAAGACGCAUGCUCCCACCAUCAUUGACCACUGCAAGGAGAGCGAGUACGUCCCUGAGCUGUUGCCGAACGGUACUCGUAAGGACCUGAAGCCCUUGACUGUACAGCAGCCCGAGGGACCCAGUUUCUCCAUCACGGAUGGCAACUUGAUUGAGUGGCAGAAGUGGCGUAUGCGUGUUACCUUCAACCCCCGUGAGGGUGCUGUUGUUCACGAUAUCCGGUACGAUGGACGUCCAGUCAUGUACCGUCUUAGCAUGAGUGAUAUGACCGUACCUUAUGCUGACCCUCGCCCGCCUUUCCACCGCAAGCAAGCCUUCGACUUCGGUGACGGUGGCUUGGGCAACGCUGUCAACAACCUGACUCUCGGCUGUGACUGCUUGGGUGUCAUCAAGUACUUCGAUGGUGUCCUCAUCGACGGCAAGGGUGCGGCCGUCGACUCCAAAAACGUCAUCUGCCUCCACGAACAAGACAACGGCAUCAACUGGAAGCACACCAACUGGCGCACCGGCCGCGCCGUCGUCACGCGCCGCCGCGAGCUCGUCAUCCAGUUCAUCAUCACCCUCGCCAACUACGAGUACAUCUUCAACUACAAGUUCGACCAGGCCGCCGGCAUCGUCGUCGAGGCCCGCGCCACCGGCAUCGUCUCCGUCGUCAACAUCGACCCCGGCAAGACCAGCCCGUGGGGCAACGUCGUCAGCCCCGGCGCCCUGGCGCAGAACCACCAGCACGUCUUCUGCGUCCGCAUCGACCCCUCCAUCGACGGAAACGAGAACACCGUCGUGCAGGAGGAGAGCCUGCCGCUGCGGAUGGACCAGCGCACGAACCCCAACGGCAACCUCUACGAGGUCAGGCAGACGCAGGUCACGACCUCGGCGGGCUUCGACGCGGCGCCGAUGAACAACCGCGUGUUCAAGAUCCAGAACCUCGCGAAGCCCAACCCGAUUACCGGCAAGCCCGUCGGUUACAAGAUCACGCCGCCUGCGACGCAACUGCUGCUUGCGGACCCCAACAGCGUGCAGUCCAAGCGCGCGCUGUUUGCUCGUCACCACCUCUGGGUCACCAAGUACAAGGACCACGAGCUCUUCGCCGGUGGGCGCUACACCCUUCAGAGCAAGCUCGAAGUUGGUGGUGUCAAGGAUGCCGCGGACAGGAACGACGACGUGCUUAACCAGGAUGUCGUCCUCUGGAGUGUAUUUGGCCUGACGCACAACCCUCGUAUCGAGGACUGGCCCGUCAUGCCUGUCGAGAUGCUGCAGCUGCACAUCACGCCGUCCGACUUCUUCACCGGCAACCCGGCGCUGGAUGUGCCCUCAGAUAAGGACAUUGGAUCCAAGCUGACGUCUGGGUGCUGUGCUAAGGAGGAGCUGCCCAUCCGAAGCAACUUGUAG